GAUAUAGAUUCUAUAGAAUCUAUUCUAGACACUUGCCGAAACAAUAUUCAUAUCCAAAGAACACAAAACCUGGGUACAAAAUUUUCUUUCGCUUGAGAGAACACCAUGGAUGAUGAGAUCGAAAAGUUCGACAAAUUCCCCUUCCUGGAGAGCUGCCUGCUGAAGCACAAGGAGCUGGGAAGACGGCAGCGGGCUUACGUGAAUAUUGUGACCACCAAGUUGCAGACCCGGAACGAUGCCAUCGUCGAUGCCAGCUAUGUGAGGUCGAUUGAGCAGUUGAAGGAGGAGAAGGACGAACUGAAGGCCAAGAUCUUUGUGGCCAACAGUACAUGCUAUAAAAAGAUCAAUAACCGUUUUCUGGCCCAGAUUCGUUGCCACGUGGAGUGCCAGGAGAACCUCUAUGAGGACAUUCAGUUCAUGAAGACAUCGAUCACCAACAUGGAAGUUCAGAUCGGCCGCAUGGCCCGCCUGUUAUAUAGCCUGAAUCUGCAGACCACGCCCGACGACCGGCGCAUGGCCUAUGUCUUUAAGCAGCGCAAGCGGAUGGAGAUCCUGAACAACAACCUGGAGGUGGGAGUGCGCCAGGAGGGCGCCUUCACGGCUCUGAACGCCGCGCUCAGGGAGAAGCUUAUCUGUAUUCUCAACAUCCGUACUUUCUUCAACCAAUCUUUCAGCAAGCUGGUGAAGAAGCUGAACAGCGACAAGAAGUACAUGCUCGACUUGAUCGAAUACGCCCUCACCACCUUCGACGGCUGCAUCGAGGUCUAUGAGAAGUUCGAAAUGUUGCGGAAGAGGAACGCUCGAGAGGGGUUGAACGCCCGCCUAGAGGUGCAGGCGGUUCACCGCAACAUGGCCGCCGACAAUGACACCUCGGCCUUCAUUACGUGCAAGGGUAAGGGCCGGGAACUGGCCGAUCUCCAGCCCAAGGAGUACAAGCGACGGGAGAAGUUCCGUGAGAAGAACCGCAAGAAGGUCGAUUUGUACAGCUCGAUCCUUCGAAAGAUCAAAGAGUUCACAAACUCCAAGAAGGUCGACGAGGUCAUUGAAAAGUUCAACGACCAGGAGAGCCUCUACUAUUCCUACUUCAAUUACAACAAUGAGAUGAGCUACCACGUGACUUUGCUCAACCACUCCGUCAAUCACCUGUACAAGGACAUAGUCGAUCUAAGGAAUGAAAAGAACGACACACUGCAAAACCAGCUGGACGAGAUUGCCUCCCUGGAGAGCGAGGUGCAAAAUCAGGAGGAGGAAAACAUGGGUAUCCAGACGAUGCGGGAGCAGAACGAUAGCAAGAUGGAGGGGUUGCUUCAGGGCGUGGAGAACAUUUGCGACAUGUGCCGGAUGGACCGCUCUCCUCUGACCCCGUUGCUGGGCAGCCACGCCCACAUCAACCUGGUCAACCUUCAGCGUUUCCUGAAGCUGCUCGAGACGCGGGUCUACAAUCUGGUGGCCAGUGUCUACACCACGGAGCGGGAAGCGAAGAAUCGCUCUUUCGUUGUGAGGGAGGUGUACAAAGUGUGCGAAUACCUUACUCCUCUGGAUGACAUAAUGAUCACUCAACAGUGCGCGGAGUGCGCCGAAACAGACGCCCAGAACAUCGACGAAGGCGGAGACAUCUCCUAUCCGAACACCAUCAAGGAGGCCAAGAAGAAGAUCUACGAGAAGGUCACCCAGCCGGAGAUCCAGUACCGUCUCCACAGCAUCAGCCAGUGCCGCCUGCCCCACUCUCGUCUUCUGGCCGCCAAGCGCAACGCCUAAUCUCCGGCUUGGUCACCGGGUCCUCCUGCUUCGGUGGCCAACCCAGCAAUUCUGUUUCCUUUUCUUUUCUGAUGAUUCUCCCGAGGCUGUCAAAUAGGUUGCCUUGAGGUGGAUUUUUAAGGAUUUUUUAAAGGAUUUCUAUGUAUAUAUUUUUGGACAACACUAUAGUCUAUUUCGGAACAGGGUUUUGACUUUUGCGGCAUGCAUUAGUAUGCAAAAAAAAAAUAUU